AUUGCUAUUAAUAUAAAUAAUAAUAUUAAAAUGAUAGGUGAUGAAGAAAACACAGAAUUUAUAAAUGAAAUUACUAAACUAGAAAAUAAUAACGAAUCCAAUGGAGGACUGUAACAAGAGAUCAAAAAAAAUCAUAUCAAUAACUUGAUCUAUUUUGGAUCGAUUCUAACAUUCACGUGUAUAAUCAUGCUCCUAUUUUGGAAUAUUAAGAAACAAGGCAACCCAGUACAAUAAAAAUACGGGAGCUUCCCCAACAAAAAUGCAUCAUUGUUAGGUAAAGUAGUAUUCAUAUGACUAGUGAUUUCAUAAGAAGAUUUUCAUUAUUUUGAUUAGUUAAAUAAUACGACUAAGGUAUAGAAUUGUAAUCAAACUGACUUUAAUAAAAACACCUUAGUAGUCCUUAGUAAUCAGAUUCUGAAAGAUGAUGUUAAGGAUUGCAUAGAGCUGCUAAAGCCAAAAAUUCAUGAUAUAUUAUUGAUAAUCUAUAAUGCAACGCAAGAAUCAAUUCUAUAAGAGGUUGAUGACAAUGUGAAUUACUACUACUUAUCAUCCAAAGAAUUAUUAAUACCAAACUCAAAGAUCAAAAAAUUCGAAUAUCUAGAGGAUGAUGAAUAACAAGAAGUUAUUGUUUAGAUUAUAAACAAUGUUUUUAAAUGA